UCGCAUAACACGCUGCGGAAACCCGAUGAAAACGGGUCGUGCUUAUGUCAGACAUGUAACUAUAAAGAAGUAGCGAGGUGGGUUCCCCUAGCACUGCACUACCGGCAUCGUUUUCGAUAAGCAUAUAAACACACAUCGCCCAAUAAAUCACACAUUCAACAGUUGAACGACCAGCACAAGCGACAUGAAUCAACUUUUGAUGAAUUUAUGUUUGACGGCCCUGUUGGCGGUGGCAUCGGUUACGAGUGCCGUCGUAUCACGCAAGACUCUUGUCUCCGAAUACGAUUAUCCUCGGUAUGGCUUCAACUAUGCCAUAAACGACCCAAUAACAAAAGACAACAAAGCGCAAUGGGAAUCAAGGGACGGUGAUGUCGUCAAUGGUGCGUACUCCUUACGAGAGCCUGACGGUACCAUUCGUGUGGUGGAAUAUUCUGCGAACGAUUUAAAAGGUUUCAGAGCAGUGGUCAAGAAUAUCGGAGCUAAUGUACACCCAAUAACGAUCAUAACAAAAACAAUUCACGGAGUAGGACCCAUUAAGACUAAGGCACCUAUUAAAGUUGUGCCUGUGGUUGAUAUAACUCCAGUUAGUAUUUCCACGGUCACUAACAGCGGUCCUAAAAAUUCGAUUAUUUCCAGUUAUAACUACGGUUUCGGCUCUGCGCCUUUAGCGAUAGGUCUCCCGAAAGUGACAUCUUUGGGUCACUGGAGCCUACCAUGGGACCCUGUCACUAGAUCGUACGGGGGCUGGGUGCCGGUCAACGGCGCGGUGGCGCAAGGAGCCUUCGCGACUAUCUUUAGCAAGAAAUACAUAAACGGCAAGUUACACGAGUGGACAACUGGACCUAUAUCAUUACAAAACGUUAAAACAUUAGUUAUUAAGACGAAAAAUUGAUUUAUAAUGUUUAUGUAUACGUGUAUACAUAAUUUUGUAUGAUGUUAUCCGUAAAAUGUAUCUAGUCUGUUCGCCCUAGUUAUCCUUGUUACUCCAAAA